AUGAAACGUGAUCGAUCAUUACGUCGAAUUGAUGAUGAAAAAAAAUUAAUUAAAAAUCAACAAAUUGAAAUUGAUUUAUUUAAUCAAGAAAUUCAACAAAUGCAAGAUGAAAAUAAAAAAUUAGAAAAUAUUAUUCUUCAAUAUCAACCUAAUUUAAAUCUUCUAACACAAAUUGUAGAUCAAACUGAUCAAUUCCAAUCAACUGAUGAAAUGAUUGAAAAAUUUGAUAUGCUUUAUGCUAGCUAUCAAGUAGAAAUGGAUUUCUUCUUUCUAACUUAUUUUGUUGUUAUCAAAUUUCUUUAUUGA